CACGCCUGCGAGAGGCGGCGAGAUGAUAAACUUGAAGUGCUCCCUUUGCAGCCAGAGCAUUCUGUGACUUUUGAUGGAGAAUUUCUUGGGGAACCCCAUUCCCCAAAGCUAUUCAUCCCCUGUGAGCUAGCCCCUACCCCCGUCCCCACAGGCUGGGACAGCCUCAUCCCCAGCAUCCUCCUCCUGAGCCAAUGAAGUCAUCACCCAGACGUCACGUGUGAUGGUGACCGGCUUGGCGCGCCCAGGGCCUGGAGGGAGCCGGAGGUGGAACUGGACCAGGGGACACGAGAGCCGGGCCUUGCUCCUCCCCUUGCAGAGUCGUGGGCGCGAGGCCAGAGUUCCUCUACUCCGGGUGUCGGACACACCCGGAGCAACGGCGCCCCCUGCCGGCCGGCGGAAGUGGGAGACCGGAAGUUGCGUGCUUCCUCCGCGCCGACACGGGGCGUCUUGACAGGCUUUGCGGAGCGCGAAGGUGCUGCUAUGGCUUCCCCUGGGGUUGGCGUGAGCGCGGCCGGCUCGGCAAAUGAGACUCCCGAAAUUCCGGACAACGUGGGAGACUGGCUUCGAGGCGUCUACCGCUUCGCCACCGAUAGGAAUGAUUUCCGAAGGAACUUGAUCCUCAAUUUGGGACUUUUUGCUGCAGGAGUUUGGCUGGCUAGGAAUUUGAGUGACAUUGACCUGAUGGCACCUCAGCCAGGGGUGUAGCCAGAUAGGCUCCCCCUGGCUGCCCCAAGGACUGAGGAGUUCAAGAGAGGAACACCGCUGAAAACACACCCACAGCCCACCCCCCUCAUUGCAGUAUCUGGGAGGCUCCUUGGGAGGGGCCCUUGAAUCCCCACCAUCCCACUGUGAGGGAGGUAGCAAGACAUAGUAAGUGCUCAAUAGAUGUCCUCAGCUCUAUUAUGAGCUGAGGCUAGUGAGAUCAAUACACCAUCUCCAUGAGGUCAGAGAGGUCAUGUCAUUUCUGCAUAACCAGGAAGGGAACUGAGGUCGCAGCAGAAGUAUUAAUAAUAACAAUAACUUUGGACAUUAACUGAGCAUUUUGUGCUAAGCACUUUUACAUGAUCCUGUCAAUUCUUAGAACAAUCAUGUUGUUACUUAGUGAUAUAUCCAAAUUUGAAUACAACUUCCAUCAUUCUUUCCACUGAAUUUUAAUGUAUGUAAUAUCUCUUUAUGGAUGAAAUAAAAGGAAAGCAAUGAAAUGUGGACAA